AUGAAAUCAAACAAGGAAGUUAUGAUUUUGCAAUGUGCCAUUGAAAAUUGCAAAUGGUCCUUGCGUUCUUCUUGUUGUAUUCAUGCCGAUAGGUUAUUAUGGGUUCUUACUAGGUUUGAUUCUGAACAUACAUGUUCAAUAGAUGUUCCAUUAACUGAUCAUAGACUGGCCACCUUUACUGUUAUCAAGGACCUAAUAAAGAACAAAAUAUCUUUAACUGGUUCUGAAUUGUCAACUCCCAAAGAUAUAGUUCAUUUCAUUCGUGCUGAACAUGAUUUAAGUAUAUCCUACCAAAAAGCAUGGCGUGCUCGUGAGGUUGCAUUGGAUGAUAAUCACGGAUCUCCGGAGGAAUCCUACAAGAUGCUACCUAGAUUUGCAUACAUAUUAGAACUCAACAACCCAGGUUCUGUUGUUGAAUACAAAGUUGAUGUUGAUGGUAGAUUUCUUUACUUCUUCAUGACAUUAUCUGUUUCCAUUUCUGGUUGGCAACAUUAUCAUCCAGUCAUUUCUAUUGAUGGAACAAGUUUGAAGAAUAAGUACGGUGGUACUUUGUUAUCUGCUCCAACACCUGAUGCCAAUGAUCAGAUUUUUCCACCAGCCUUUUAUGUUAUGGAUUCUGAGAAUGAUUCCUCAUAG